AUGGCUGAUACAGACAAACUCCUUGUCACAGAGGCACAUCUUGCUCUCAAUGAAGCCCGUCGUCUGAAGGCAGAACGAACCAAAUCGCUGGGCUCGCCGAUCCAACUUCCUGGAAUGGCGCUGUCCAUUAUUGUCAGAGGCGGAGAUGCUUGGAUAGCGGAGAACACGCAUGUCAUUCGCAAGAUCAAUCUAGAGUCGGGGAGGACUCUGCAGUUAUUCCGCGGGCAUACAGGACCCGUUACAUCUAUCGCCUUUAUGGACAAGCGCUAUGGGAGCGGCGACAGGAAGAUUCUAAUCAGUGGAUCAUGGGAUCAGACAAUCAAACUGUGGGAUGUAGAUUCGAAAGAGCUCUUAUCCUCAACAGAGGCCCACUCGGACUUUGUCAAGGCCCUCCUUGUCUUCCCAUCUCUGCAGCUUCUGGUGUCAACAGGCUCGGACAAGAUUGUACGUCUUUGGGAUCUGUCAAAAGCGGCGUCAGGCAGCCCGCUAAAAUGCGUGGGCGUGAUAUCAGCCCACACUAGGCCGGUGGAAUCGCUAGACGGACAGGCACUGUCAUCAACAUCUGCCAAUCUUUAUACGGCUGAUACUAUGGGCAUGAUCAAGCUCUGGGAAUUGAACAAGGGUGAUGGGGAUGAUGGAUGGCGUAGCUCGCUCAAACAAGAGCUGAACUAUCAUCGCACGAAGAUUAAUGAGAUACUAUAUGGAAAUGGCCAGUUGUGGACAGCCUCUGCUGAUGAGACUGUCCAGAUCAAACCCACAGACCAAUCACCAUAUCUUAUCGCGCAUCCUACCACAGUGCGAUGUAUCCUGCCACUCUCAACCACGGACCUCGCCGAGCCAUACGUGCUAACAGGUGCAGGAGAUAUGAUUCGGGUCUACGAUGUUUCGUCACCGCAAGAACCCGAACUGAUCAGUGAGAUGGACGCGCAUUGGCACGAUGUUACCGCCUUGCGGUUAUGGGUCAGAAAAUUCGUCGGGGACGACGGCAGGCAAAGGGUGGAGCCCUGGAUCAUUAGCGCCAGCUUGGAUGGGACAAUAAGGAAAUGGAGGUUAACUGAGUUGCUGAAACCUAUGUCGAGUGUCAAUGCGACAUCUGGGAAUCAAGAAAAGGAGGUGGAGAAGCCAUCAGAGCCCGAAAACCCGUUUCAAAUGUCAGAAGAAGAAGAAAGAGAGCUCGCUGACUUAAUGGAUGACUGA